CAGUAGCUAUAAUCAACGGAAAAGAGAAAAUUAUUGUUUUGGUUCACAGGGCCACUGCCAAAGACAGUGGUAGACUUCUGGAGGAUGGUGUGGCAGGAGAGGUCUCAGAGCAUUGUGAUGCUGGCCAAUCUGGUGGAGGCCAGUUCUGUCAAGUGUCACAAGUACUGGCCAGAGACUGGGACCCUGUCCUUUGGUCCCUUCAAUGUCACCAUCACAGGACAACAGAUACUGGCUGACUACACCACUCGGGAGUUUAGUGUCCAGCUGGCAGAGAGUUCAGAACCAGCUCUGAGUGUGACUCAGUUCCACUUCACAGCCUGGCCUGACCAUGGAGUGCCUGACUAUGCCACUUCACUUCUGGCCUUCCACAAGAAAGUGAAGAAACAUCACAAGAGAGGAAUGGGACCAAUGAUUGUUCACUGCAGUGCUGGUGUGGGUAGGACAGGGACUCUGAUAACUAUUGACUGUGUUCUUGAGCAGCUGCAAGGGGAGGAGAAGGUGGUGGAUAUAGCUGGUUUCAUCAUCCACCUCCGCACACAGAGAAUGAAAAUGGUCCAGAGCUUGGAACAGUACAUGUUUAUCCACGAUGCUAUACUUGAGGCUGUAACAUGUGGUGACACUCAAAUUGAUGCCAGUCUAUUCAGCAGAAGAAUUACAGAAAUGAGUCAUCGUUACCCACAGACUCAACUUACUGAAUAUGAAAACCAGUUUCGGGUACUUGAAAAAGUGUCUCCUAAGCCAUGGGAGAUACCUAGGAACAAGGCUCUACAACAUCCGUUCAAGAAUCGCAAUGACUACUACCUCCCCAGUGACGACUGGGGAGUUGUUUUAAGAGGUGAUAAGCAAGACUACAUCCAUGCAACGUUUGUUAAUGGUUACAAGCAAAAGAGAGCAUUCAUCAUAGCUCAGAGUCCCAUGGAGUCAACAGCCAGAGAUUUCUGGAAGAUGGUCCAUGACAGGAAGUGUGGAGUCAUUGUUAUGCUCUGUGACUUGUUGGAAGAUGGACAGGAGACAUGUUAUCAAUACUGGCCUGUGCGCCGAGGAAUGGCUCAGUUCCGAGAAUAUACUGUUGACCUCAUGGAAGAAAAGCCUGUUAAAGGUUUCGUAAUGCGCACACUUGUUGUCGUCAAUGAGAAGGUAACUCUACCCAACAUCGCUAUUCUCUAAUUACUUUUCCUUGUGUGCAACAGGCUGGCAGUGCCCACCAGGUGGUUCAGUUGCACAUGACUAACUGGAGUCCUGAUGGCAGCUGCUCUCACCUGGCCACUAUCACCAGUGUGAUAAAUGAGAUGUCUGCCAUCAGAGGAGAACUGGGAACAAUCCUAUCAUAGUCCAUUGCAGUGACACAGUGGGCAGGUCUGGGAUGUUCUGUGCCAUAGUCACCACCAUUGAGAGGUGUAAGACAGAGGGAGUGGUGGAUGUGUUCCAGGUGGUCAAGGCUCUCAGGGUAUACAAACCUGGAGCUGUCCUCACUGUGGUU